AUGGGGAGCAAUGGCAAUCACUCUGAAAUCGAGCACAGAGAUGUACGGUCGAUUCGAAAAGCAAUGUACGAUAAACGUCGAAAAAAUUAUCCCGCUUUUCCAAAAUCACUAAGGGAGUCAAUUGAACAACUUAAAGCAAUGGAAGAUGACGAUAUAAUACAAUUUCAAGGUAAACAAUUUGUUUUUAUUCCCGACAAUAAACUGUUUGUUUGUGUUACUACUGAACAAAAUCUUACUUUUAUGACAAGUACAAGUGAAUUUUUCGCUGAUGGUACUUUCAACUAUGCACCAAAAUUUUUUGCCCAACUUUAUACAAUCAAUUGUUUUAAAAAUGGGUUUUAUGUGCCAGUGGCAUACUUUUUAUUACCAAAUAAAUCAAAGCAAAUUUACGCAGACAUGUGGUUGUUUUUACAAGAACUAUGCGAACAAAUUAUUUUUAAAAAAUUGUUGGUUCUUAAACUACAUUUGGAUUUUGAAAUCAUUGCCCAUGAAGCGACAAAAGAAGUUUUCCCCAACAUCGAAAUAGAUGCAUGUCGUUUUCACUUAGGACAGUCUUGGUGGCGCAAAAUUAAUUCUGAAAAAGAACUUACCUUGGCCUACACUAAAAACUCCGAUUUGGGAAAAUGGUUCAAACUUUUUUUUGGAUUACCAUUUUUACCUUUUCAAGAUAUCCAAAAUGCGUUUGGUGAACUCAUAUCAAUUUGUCCCGAUUUAAAUAUUGGAUGUUUGUUUUCUGACUACAUUUUAAAUACAUACGUGGAGAAUGGUUGUUUAUUUCCACCGGAAAUUUGGGCACAAGAGCCAUCCGAAAAUCCCCGUACGACAAACGGAUCUGAAAGUUUUCAUCGAACUUACAACGCUCAAUUUCAUAGCUCCCAUCCUUCCGUCCAUGUAGUUAUUUCAAUUCUAAAAGAAACGCAAGAGGAAACAUGUACCAAAAUUCAAUCAGUAUUUAAAGGUCGGAUUAAAAAAAUGGAAAAUUCUGAUUUAAAUCGUAUAAAAGAAGCCAUGAAAGAAUAUAACAAGUACAAAAUUCAUAAAAAUAUUAUAACAUAUUUGUCAAAAAUUUGUUUUAUAAGUGGUACCAAGGUAUAA